ACUAGGACGAGAUCUGGAUUUUUUUCUUGUAGCCUAGAGCACACGUCCAGGGCGCGUGCCGACUCACGCGACAGUUCUGAAGGGUGGGUGGUAGGGAGGAGGGGCUGUAGCGCACGCGACGUGAGGGGCGUGACGAGAGGUAGAGAGCAUGCGCAAAGGAGUGUGUAGAGACCUGUAAGCCCCGCCCUCCCGUGGAGACACCGCGAGCUAUGGUCCUCGUCCUCCUGUCCUCCUGCACGCGCCACGGGCCAAACGGCUACCGACAUGACCCGCAACAGUGCAGCCCGCCAUAGAAUGCAGUCCGCUGACCACUUAAAUACGUGGCCCUGCCACCUUUACCUGCGCACUCGCAGUCUGGCCGCCAAACGGAAAGGAUCGACAGGAAACCAGUCUUUGCGACAUCUUCGUGUGGUUGAUGGAAGCUGGGACUUGAACUGACAACAGCCUCCCAACGUUUUGAUUCGGUGUGAAGUUGUUGUAGCUGCAUAACAGCCAACGGUUGUUGUUACGCAACCUUGACUACACAAUAAAGUGGGAACCCAAGGCUUUUCAUGUCAAGUUUUCAGGCGUAGGUCAAGCUUCGAGCGCCCCCUAGCCCGCAGCAUGAAGGCGACGAAGACACGCGACGAGAUGGUCGAGGCAGGGGAGAUAAGCGACCAGGAAAGCUCGGUCAAAGGUUACAGGAAGCACACGUGCAAAGCGAGCGCCAGCAAACGUUCUCGCGGAUCACGAGGAGGCGCUCUGGAUCCCGAGCAGCGGACGAUCCUACGGAAGACCCGCCGGGCUCGCGCCAACGAUCGCGAGCGUUCGCGCAUGCACGAACUGAACAAAGCCCUGGAGGCACUGCGGUUGGUGUUGCCGAACGAUGGCGCCCCCUACACGAAGAUCGAAACACUUCGCUGUGCGCGAAACUACAUCGAGAUCCUCACCAAAUACCUGGCGGACGAGAACGCCGUGGCCUUCAACCGUCAGCUGCAAGCGCAGCUGGAGGCAGCUGCCGAGGCGCAGAUCUCGGCGGCCCCUUACUCGCCCGACAGCUGCCCGAGUAGCCCCUACGAAGACGCGGAUGACGGCCUCGUCGAGUAUCCCGCUCAGUCUGGCAACUUCACCUCUCAGGGCAGGCUCUACGACUUGAGUGCAUUCCCAACCCCUGAUUCCAGCCCCAACGCUCAACAGGUGGCGCCCGCUGCAGGCCAUCACGUGACUUCGCAGCUUGGUCUCAGUGGACUUGACGCUGUCGUUUCUGCGGGUCUGCGUUUGACCACUGGCGGCGGGUCUGUCUUACCUGCUGCUGACAGCUUUUUUUUCGACAAUACCAGUGAAAGGGACAGCACGAUCCCCGUCCUCCCAGCAGCCCCAGACUUUAAGAUUCUGCAGCGGGUGGCUUGCCUUCCUAGUGAGACACCCGAGGACCGCUACCACGGUUACCAUUCGCCGUCUCCUGUUCACUCAGCGCCGACUCAGGUCUACGAUGUCGACAGUUUUCUAUGACCAGAGAGAUAAGCAUGGUCGUCUUGGUCUCGCCGACAUUUUGCUCUCUCUUGACAGAAUCGUUACAGAGUUGGCAUUCUCCAAUUGACUGAUGCGGAAUGAUUGUUGUUCCAGUCUCGUCUAUGCACUAAGGAUCGACCGGAUUUCACAGGUAAUUAAUGUUCACCACCACUACCUACUUGUCUGUACAUUUCCAGCUUCAGUUCUAGCUUUGAAAACUGUUGACGGCGUCUAAUCUUUGUUGGCGUCCAACUGACAGUGUCCUUUAAUCUCAUUUCCACUUGACUGGGAUCGGUUGCACUACAAUGUGACUUCCUCCUGCGGACUUGCUGCGUGUAUUGGUUCCAUGGGAUGCUUGUGACACCAAUGGCCGCAUGUACACAGUGACCUAGGUCAGCAUGACCUUUUUCUGUAAGGACAGCCUCGAGAGAACUGAAACAUGUUGCAGCCACAAGGCUGUAUUUUUGUGUACGUGAUAUGAACGUGUUAUAAACGUGUUUUCUACGUGCUGUAAUUUGCUGGACAACAUUCACCACCUGAUUAAGAGGGUUGUGUUUAAUUCUCAUCCAGCCUUGGGUGGUUCUUCCAAAAGCGCAGAACUUCUACACACGGUAUUUAAAAGAAUCUGGAGAGUAUGGCGGUAGUGAACCGCUGGGUACUCUCGGUGCAAGUGCAAUCUUAUAAACAGGCUUUCUCUGUUACAAUUUGACUAUUAUGCUGACUAGUCUUUCUGAUGACAGUUUAUUGCUUGAUACACGAAGUAAAUGUCAUUUGUUAUUAUUUCCCGCAGAAGGAAUGUUAGUCAUAUAAUGUUCACAAAUGUUCGCUUUUUGACGAGGCCAAGCUGUCAAGUGAAGAGUGGGAUCGAUGUUGGACUGAUCAUGAAGUUUAGCCCCGAAUAUCUGACAUAUCUCCGUGGUUUAUGUAUGUACUAAAUCAUAACAACCAGGACCGGUUAUAUUUUCCAAGAUAUAGUGGCUGUUCAAGCGACGAUCAUGUACUGAAUACCAGAGAAAAUAUUUUUAAUAACAAGUGAAAAUGUCGAAAGUAACUUUCUGCAAACAAUUCUCUUAAAUGGGACAAUGAUUCAUUUGUAUCUCGAGUCAUCUUCCCAUCAUUUCGGGUUAGUUUGAAGAUUUUUUUUCUGCGAGAAAAACUGCCGAUUGUAGGGAUGAUGCUGUAAAGAGUAAUUUAAUACGAGCUAAGUGACUUGUAAUUUCUCUCAACUAGAUCAUCUCUCCCAUCUCUAUCUCUCUGUAUUUUUCUGUCUCCGAUUUUUUGUUCAAGUAUGACAUUCUGUUUUCUCAUUUUGACAUGAAGAAAAAUCAUUUCCAGAGUAAGUACGCCAGAAAAUGUCGGUUAUUGUGCAAUCUGUGAUAACAAGAACUCCGAGAAUGAGAUCAGAUAUUUUCAAACAAACUGUACUAAUAUGACACCUCAGGAAAAAAAAAAGCUGCAGCCGUUUGCCGCGAUCCCGAUGUAGGCUGACCUCUGUCAGUCUUGAGGGAUGGAGAACAGAUGUUGUCAGUCUGGGUGCCUGCAGUAAUUAAAGGAGAUAAACAUGUAUAUACUCAUGCUGAUGUCAUUAACAGUCUUUCGUGGCCAGUAUUCUUCCCACGUACCUACCCCAUCCCCCAACCGGACUUUCUGCAAAAUCGUCGAUCGGCUCUUGCAUUCCAUUUUUAAGAUGUUGCCUGGUGACAGGGACAUGCCCAAGUUUUAAUGAAUUUGUUUUAAAGAGAGGUUCACAACGGAAGGUUGGUUAGUUAUAAUUAUUAGCUCAGUGUUCACAUCUUGAGAGAAACCAGUAUUGCAUGUGUGGCCUUUGACUUUACUGCAAAUACUACCUCCAUCAGCUGUUGAAUAUUUAGUGGUGGGAGGCUAAAAAAUAAACAGCCUCUAAGUUACUCGACAGACUGGAUCUUAUUUUAUUUAUUUGUAUUUAUUUUAUUGAUUUUUUGUUUAUUUGUUUGUUUUGUUUGUUUCUUUUUGGUUUAAAUCAAGCAUAUGAACUUCGAGUGAGGUUAAAAUCUGUUCAAAAGUGCCAGUUUAAACGUGUGAAUAAAAAUUUUUAAAUUAAAAUCUUGUUUGUGAAUGUGCGUGUGUGUGAGUGAGUGAGAGAGAGAGAGC